AUGGCGACGGCGUGCGACUGCAUCUACCAGCUAGUGCAGCAGCGGCAGGCGGAUGCGAAGCAGCGCGACGACCUGGCGACGCAGCGACACCGGCUGAUGUGCGACCUGGCGACGGCGGAGAGUCGCUCAGAUCGUCUAGAGGACGAGCUGGAAGUCGCCAGGCGGAAAAUCCAAUCGCUUACGGCGCAGGAGCAAAAAGCGGCGGCAGAGUUCAAGGCGCAGAUCAAGAAGCUAAGAGCAGAGAGGGACGAGCUCAGCAAGCACGUGAUCGCCCUGCAGGUGGCAAGUGAAGGCGCAGCAGGCGUUCGAGCUGCGCAAGGAGAAGCGCGAAUUUGUGAAGCUGUAGGAGAAGCUGGCGUCAUUUGUGAUGUGCCCCUCUCACACCAUCCCUCCCCCGGCCCCUUCCCCCCGUUCCCCCCACGCCUCGCUACCAUCCCCCUGCAGCAAGUGAAGGCGCAGCAGGCGUUUGAGCUGCGCAAGGAGAAGCGCGAGUUUGUGAAGCUGCAGGAGAAGCUGGCGUCGUGCGUGGGGGGCAAGCGCACGCCCGCCAGACAGCCAGGCGUGGACAUAGUCAACCUCAACCCCCAGAUACAGUGCUAUGCCGUGCGGGCACAGAAAAUGGGGAGUAGCCGCGUGGAUCAUGGAGGUACGAGCGACCUCCAUGACUAA